AAUGUUAUGAGGCAAAUGGUGGUCAUCUACAUAGAAGGUAUGGUAAAGGAACUAGAGAAACAGACUGUAAUGAGAAACAUGAUGACUUAACUAGAGUUUUAGAAACAUUUGGAAAUUGGAUUCAGUUAUCUUAUUUGCCACGAGAAUUGCUUUAUAAACCAAUAAAUCCAGAUCCUUCUGAACGAUUUGUUAUGCCAACUCUACUAAUUACUCGAAUAGCAUUUAGAUUAGCAAAAAUAGAUUUAAGCAUUAAAGCAAAAGCAGCAUCUUUAAAAGAAAAUGAGUAUAUAUACUUCAGAAAUCUUCUUGGAGAAUCUUUAUGGCAAUCACGCAUCUUGCUUAAAGAUAAUUUGCCAAUAUUAGAAAAUCCUCAAUCGCUUAUACAAUAUGCUUCGGUAUUGCCUCAAACUCUGUGGUCUUUUUUUAAUAGUCUUAUUAUGGUUCUUUUUGUAAAAAAACAUGAAAUUGCUGAAAGAAAAAGAAAAUCACUAAUAGAUAUUGAUGAUCGUGUUGUACCAAAUCGACUUGAACAAACAUGGGCUUUAAGUGAACAGAUAUAUAAUGCAUUUCAAAAUCCAGAUCCCAACAGUCAUUCUCUUUUUGAUUACACAACCCAAAAUACUACGAAAGGAUUCUUCAAUAUGGAAACUUGUUAUCAACAUGGAAUAGAACGUAUGCAAAACCUUCUUGCGGAAGAAGUUUACUUGACUAAAAAAAAAAAAUCAAAGGGAAGAGGAAUUAAAAACUUGGUUAAGGAUUCC